GGUAUGUCAGCUUUGCCUCUAAACUUGAUUAAGGGAACUACUAGUGCAGCUUAUGAACGUUUAGAGAACACAGAAGAUAUUGAAGAAGUGGAGCAACAUUUAUUAAGGAUUAAAUCAAAGUGCAGAGAUGGUCGGCCUCUGUCAUCAAGGGAUAGACGGACUGUACAACAACUAGAAGAAAGACUAAGGACACUUCGAAGAAGAGAGAGGCAUCUGGAGUCUAUUGAGAAAAGCUGGUGGACGAAGUUCUGUGAAGCUAUCCGACCUCUAAAGAUUGUGUGGGGAGUAUUCUUCAUCAUCGUGGCACUGCUCUUCACUGUCUCUCUGUUCUUGUCAAAUUUGGACAAAGCUCUGCAUUCAGCUGGCUUUGACUCAGGAUUCAUAAUUUUAGGAACUAAUCUGACCAAUCCAUUGAAUAUGUUAUUACCUGUUCUUCAAACAGUUUUUCCACUUGAUUAUAUUCUUAUUACAACUAUUGUUAUGUACUUUAUCUUCACUUCAAUGGCAGGGAUACGAAAUAUGGGUAUAUGGUUCUUCUGGAUACGGCUUUAUAAAAUCAGACGAGGAAAAACUCGACCUCAAGCACUCUUGUUCCUCUGUAUGAUACUUCUGUUGAUAGUUCUUCAUACAAGUUACAUGAUCUACAGUCUUGCUCCUCAGUAUGUAAUGUAUGGAAGCCAAAAAUACCUGGUACAGAGUAAUAAGACAAUUGAUGGCCAGCCAAGGAAUGCGACAUUCGUAUCUAAAGACUGUGACGCAGAUGCACCUGAAGAUCAGUGUAUUGUUACUCGAACGUACCUCUUCCUUCAUAAAUUUUGGUUCUUCAGUGCUGCCUAUUACUUUGGUAACUGGGCAUUCAUUGCAGUCUUUUUAAUUGGAUUAAUUGUUUCAUGCUGCAAAGGCAAGAAAUCAGUCAUUGAAGGUGAAGUGGAUGAAGAAGAUUCAGAUAUGAGUGACGAUGAACUGCCUGUUUAUUACCGUUGAUAGCCUUUUGCCUUCAAGAUGGAAAAAUGUAAUUUAAAAUUAUGUUGCAAGUCAUACUUAUGUGGUAUUAGUAUCCAAAUAAGCAUCUUUACACCUGUAAAAAUAGAGGAAAUAAGUGCACUCACUUAAAGGGGUAAAAAGUGAAUGAAUAUCACUGAGUAUCCACUGUUAUCUCAAACAAAUAUUGAAACUGGGUUUGAAUAAUAUAUAGAAAAUAUUGAUUUAUGAUUAAACGUAUGUGUAACUGAUGUAUAAUUUCAACUGUUGUAACUAUUUCAUAAUUCGUGAUGCUUUUCUGCUAACUUUUCUUAAAUUCUUUCAUGCC